AGGUCAGUACUCAGUAGCCUAAGACUAUGAUUAGUGGUGCUGCUGGGAGUUCUUUGAGCAUUGAACAAGCCAUUCUUGGAUUGACCGAGGCUUUGAUGAUAGUACUAAAUGACAAGGAAAAUCUUAGUGCACUUGGUAAGCACAAGAAUGAGAAUCAUUCUGGUGGCAGUGAGUCAACUGAGCAUAUAUUGCAAAUGCUUCGCCAGUUGCCAACCAAAAAUAUAUCUGAUAAGAUAAGCCAUGCUGAGAUUACAGAUGAUUCUAUCUCCAAUGUCAAUAAUUCCUUUGCUGAUAGAAAGGCACUACAUGUGAAGCGGACCAAAAAAUGGCUUGAGGAAACAACUAGUAAUGUUGAUAAAUUGCUGUGUGCUACAUUCCCACAUCUUGCUAUUCAUUCAUCUGAGAAGGUAAGGAAGGCAGUGGUUAGUGGUGUAAAAGGGCUUUUGUCUAGUUGCAGUUCUACAUUAAAAAGAACCAAGAUGCUACUUUUGGAAUGUUUAUGUGUUCUGUCAUGUGAUGAUGCUGCAGCUAUGUCUGAGGCUGCACAAGAUGCUCUUGAUCAUCUUUUCAACCAAGGCCACAAUCUCGUAACAGAAAAUGAGAUUUCUGAUACCUUUACUAGGCUGGUUGAAAGGCUACCACAAGUGGUACUUGGAAGCGAGGAGACAACCGCACUUUCACAUGCUAGGAUGUUGUUGGCUCUGACCUUUUAUGCUGGUCCCCAGUUUCUGAUAAAUCAUCUUCACCGUUCUCCUGUCAUUGCUGCUCGUUUCUUUGAUUGUUUGGGUUUAUGCAUAGGUCAUAGCUCACAGUUUUCUGGUUCCAUGGACAAGCUAAUUGUAUCAAAGCCACUAUCUAUUGGGUAUCUUUAUUCAGUUGCUGAGUUGAAGAGUGGCGCCUAUUCUAAAGAUACAACUAACAUAUCUUUGCAUGCCACGUCAACAUCUGCAGCCUCCAAAAUAUCUGUUAUCCAUGAUAAUGCUUUGCCAAAUGCAUUACUUGGUACAGUUGAAUAUAAGUUGCCCCAUGUGCCUCCAUGGUUUUUUCAUGCUGGUAGCCAGAAGCUUUAUGGGGUUCUUGCUGGAAUAAUUAGACUUGUUGGCCUAUCAACAAUGUCAGGUACCUUGUGAAUUAUUUUGCUUGUC